AGUGGAACGCGGAAGGUCAUUAUUUCCAGAAGGACGCGGUGUAGGUACGUAUGCGUGUGUGCGCACGAUCUUUAUAAUCACAAAUAAAGCGCGCGUAUUCCGCGCGUUAAUGCAUCGCUCGACGAUUGACGGCAGGUGACAUUACGACGGAUUCAUUCGCGAGGCACGAGAUGCGGUCGACCUGACCCUUGUCGCCUCGUGAUUCACGACACAAUAGAUCGCCUGUUUUAGGUUAGAAAACAUUAGCGCACGCGAUAUCGUGGCAAUAUCAUACUUCCUCCGAAAAUAUCCUUCCACAUCAUGGACUUAUCCGAGGACCAGUUGUCGGAAGACGUGAACAAUCGUACGUUGCCGCAAUUCUCCGAAAUACGCCUGCCGUUGAACGCUUCUCUCAGGAAUGGAAACGUGCAGUUACCGAAUGAUGAGAAUGUGCAGUUUCAAAGCUCUGCCAUGAAGAGCUCGCGAAAUUUGACACUGAAACAGAUACCGGAUAUAACUUCAUUGCUAGACUCGUGUGAUUUAUCCCUCAUCGCGCGUAUUUACGAGGAACCAAUCAUGAAGCAGAUGAUCAAUCCGAUUUUUAGUUCAAAUAAUACACUCAAUACACAAUCAAAUAUUAUGCCGAAUAAUAUUUCGGAUAUUAUUGGUUCCAUGUAUUCAUCUUCCAUAUUGCAAGAAAAUGCUGUAAAGCAAGAGCUAGAUGUUCAGCCUAGAAAGGAGAUAAACUUGAAUAAGGACUCUCAGAUUCAAUUGAAUCAACAGCAAACCAUGCUGACCGAGUACUUUCAGAAAAUACAAGCUACGUCUUUGCAACAGUUAAUUAAACUGCAGACAGAACAAGUAAAGAAACAGGGAAAAAUACAGCAAGCAAUGCAGGAGCAAAAAACACAAGAGCAAACACAGAAUAGUAUUUUAAAUAUACCAAGCGUUCGGAGUCUUCAUCAAAGUAAUAGCAACUUCAUAAACUCAGAUCAGAUGAUAGUGGCCAUUAAUCCGAAUGAUCUACAAAAUGAGCAAGGAGAGAAUGAAAACAAUUUGCAACCUGUACCUAAAGUAGAGCGACUAGUUAAAACCAGUUUAUCGAAAAUUGAUAAGAAAUUGAAAUUUCGAGCGAAAAUCAGUGGGAUUAAAGUGAGUGUUGGCUACGAUGGAACGACUCUUUAUUCCUGUUCAGAGUGCAAUUCAAGAUAUUCAGACAAGUUGAACAUCGAACGACAUAUACAGGCUCAUUUACGGGAACGCAAAUAUGAAUGCAAAGAAUGUGGUGCCAUGUUGAAAAGAAAAGAGCAUCUAGAUCAGCACAUGCGCGGUCAUUCAAACGAGCGACCCUAUAAAUGCAUAAUAUGCCUCAAGGCAUUCAAGAGAAACGAACAUUUAACGAGACAUGGUGUUAUUCAUACCGGCAACAAGGAUUUUACUUGUCCCGAGUGUUCGAAAGCAUUCUCACGCAAGGACCAUUUAAAUAAGCACAUACAAACGCAUUUAGGCAUUCGAAAGAAUAAAACAAAGGAUGGUUCUUAUUAUAUCAAUCAAAAAGAUACGAUGACGUUAUUUGAUAACAGGAUUAAUCCUACAAUGAUGCUAAAACAAGAAACAAAGGAUAUAAAGGAUCCUUGCUUACUGAAACAUGAAUCCAAUUUUCUGCAGCAUCUUCAGAAGAAUCCAACCCUGUUGCAUACAUUCUCUUCCCUUAAAGAGCAAAUAUCAAGAAGUGUAAAUGUGCCUCAACAAGCACAGAGCGACAAUACAAACGGAAAUGCAAGGUAUUUAACGCCAUCUUAGUUGUAAAUGAAAUAUAACGCAUAUCCCAAAGCAAUAGAUGGUGAAUAAUAAAAAUAGUUUACAUGCGCUGUCGAUAUCAAUAGAAGAUAAGAGCCGUUGCAAGUAACUAAUUUCAAUUUUCGAAUUCAUAUUUUGAUACUAUAAACGAUUAUAAUAAUUCUGAGACUUAUAGUUUAACAGUAAAACAAA